GAAGUCGCUAGAAGGGAAACUCAACAUGAUUUGCUUACUUGCAGCAAGUAUCAUUGCAGCAAACACAGCACGAGGAGGCGCAUCUCGGGCAGACGGAUGACUUGCAGUUAUGUACUCUGCACUCAAAGCAAAGUAGCUUUUCAUUCGGACGCAUGCUAAGUACCUUGGUAUGUAGAAGCAACAAAGGCAGGGAAUAUUGUGCUCGAGGUUGUUGAGCCUGCCUGCAACUCCAACGUCCAGUCCUCUGCUCAUUCCAGCCGCUGGACAAGUCUUUCGUCGCGACAAGUCCGUUUACCGAGCAACGCCGUUUCCCACCACGCCGCAACCAUGAAGAGCCGCCAAAAUGUUGAGUUCAAGACGCUCGACGGACUAACACUCCGCGGGUGGUUAUUCCCCGCUCCUCAGCGAGGGCCGGCCAUCAUCAUGACUCCUGGGUUCAACAACGUCAAGGAGAUGAUCAUUUCCGAGGUGGCCGAGUACUUUCAUGGCGCCGGCUUCACCGUCUUGAGCUACGACCCGAGAUCGAUCGGGGAGAGCGACGGCAUGCCCCGAAACGAGGCCCACCCGGCACGCAACGUCGAGGACUACCACGAUGCCCUGACGUACCUGAAGCAGCACUGGGGCCAUCUGGUCGACCCGACCCGCAUUGCCUACUGGGGUUACUCGUUUAGUGGCAUGGUGGCCCUCUGCGCCGCGGCGCUCGACAAGCGCGCCAAGGCCGUCGUGGCCGUCUCGCCCCUGACCAUCUGGGAAUUCACCAAGUGGAAGCAGGUGCUCGCCAAGGCCAUGAAGGACCGCGAGUCGCGCCUGGCUGGCAACAAUCCGGUGCGUUUGCCGAUGCUGACCGAGAACGGUGAGCAUCCCGCGGGGUUCGGCACCGGCUUCGACGUCGAGGAUGUCUAUAACAUCAUCGCGCGCGCGGCCGAGGUGCAGCCGACGUUUGUGGCCGAGACAACGCUCAGCACCUAUUACCACAUUGCUGCCUUCCAGCCAUUCGGCCUGAUGUCCCAUGUUUCACCCACGCCCGCCAUGGUGGUCACGGGAGAGAAAGACUUGGUCUCCCCGGCCGAGCUGCAGAAGACGCUCAUCUUCGACGUCUUCAAGGACCCAAAGCGCCAUCUCAGCGUGCCCAGCAAGGGGCACAUGAACAUUUUGAGUGGACAGGAUUCGAUCAAGGUGCUCGAUGCACAGAUCAGCUUUCUUCGCGAGUAUUUAGGGUAGUGAUAAGAAGCGGAAAAUACUACACUCGGUUCCCCC